AUGACCCCGGCCGACUCGCCCCGGCGCGUCCUUGGCUUGGCGUUUUCGGCAGCGGUUAUAUUGUGUACCGUCUUGGCAUUCUAUUCCUCCGACCACAUUACUCUUCGUCAAUGCGUUGCCCGCCCAAUUACCACACAAACGGCCCAGGAGCUACCGGCGUUUCGGGAAACGUUAGAAUACUUCAUCGACUAUCCCAUCAGAUCCCCUUUCAAGGAUGGUUUCGGUGAGCUUGGUCGGCGCAGCCGAGUCCUGCGUGAUUGGCUCGUCAUGGCCGACAACAUGCCCAAGACUGCGCCGACACGGGCAGUCCUCGAGGAGGCUUCUGAGGAGGUUGCCUUGAGCCUCUUCCCUUUCCUAGCAAACUACAAGUCGCCUUGGAAAGGCAGAACGAUUGGCCGGAGAACGCCCGUGUCUGAUAUUAGAGCCUCUUUCAGUGACAGCUCCGCUGGGAUUGUCAUCCCGGCUGGCGACAAAAAUGCCCUCUUUGCUGCGCACUUGAUCGGCUCGUUGCGGACUGUCUUGAAGUCCACCCUGCCCAUCCAGAUAGCCUACGCUGGCGACGCUGACCUCUCGAAGGCCAACCGCAACUUGCUCGCCGGCGUGGUGAACGACAGUCUACCGAUCGAAUUUCUCGAUGUCUCGACCGUAUUUCAGCAAGAUAACGACGACAUCACCAAGAUAUACAAGGCCGAGGGGGGCGAGCCGACGAAAGAAGGCGAAGAGAAACCGCUGAAGCGAGAGUCGCUUCAUGCUCCAUUUUUCCGCUUCUUGGACCGCUCUUCCGGUGGCGGCUGGGCUUUCAAGUCAUUUGCGGCGCUGGCGACGCGGUUCGAAAAAGUGAUCCUUCUCGAUGCCGACGCUGUCUUCGUCCAACCACCAGAGUCAUUGCUUGCACAGGAAGAUUUCAACAGAACCGGUGCGCUAUUGUUCCAUGAUCGGCUGUUAUGGAAGAACGCCUUUCCGGCACGCCACGAGUGGUGGCACGACCAGAUCCGACGGCCGAGCGCCGAGCUGAGCAAGUCUCUCGUGUGGAGCGAGCAAUACGCAGAGGAAGGGGACUCAGGCGUGGUGGUGUUGGACAAGGGCCGCGUAGAUGUGUUGGUCGGGCUGCUGCACACAUGUUGGCAGAACACAUACGCAGUGCGGCAGGAGGUGACGUACAAGAUUCUUUACGGCGACAAGGAGUCAUGGUGGAUGGGGCUCGAGCUGGCGGGCUCGUCAUACACCAUGGAGGAGCACUACGGGGCGAUGGUAGGCUGGGCGACCACCGAUCCCAUCAAGGAAGAUGAAAGUGGAGGAACAAACGGGACCGACAGCAAGACGGUCGAAAAUCCCAAGCCCACGAAGGUGUGCAGCUUUGUGAUUGCACAUAUGGACAAGUCGAAACGACUGCUGUGGUACAACGGCAGCCUGAGAAAGAACAAGGCGCAUUUGAACGAUGUCGAGUACGAGGUUCCGCGCCAGUGGAUGCUGGAUGGAGAUUGGGAAAAGGGUGCCCAGAAAAUGGACAUGAGCUGCAUGCGAGGUGCCCCGAUACACGACCUGACUACAGAGGAGGUGGCGAUAUUGCAACGGUCGAUCGAUCUGGCGCAAAUGGUGGACCUGGCGUUUACAUCAUGA